CUCUGAGUAUUAUUGGACUAUGGGCUGUAUGGAAAUUUCAUGUUGACAGAGGCAUUGAUAAUUUCUAUAGCCUCCACUCAUGGCUGGGCUUACUCUGCCUUUUCUUGUUUGGAAUUCAGUGGGCUUUUGGAUUUGCGACAUUUUGGUAUCCUGGUGGAUCAAGAAACAGUCGAGCUAGCUUGUUGCCGUGGCACGUAUUUUCUGGCCUGUAUAUCUACGCUCUAUCCAUAGCCACCUGUGCCACGGGUUUUCUAGAGAAGGCCACAUUUCUUCAAACACAUAAGAUAAUUUCGCGCUACUCAAAGGAGGCGGUGCUGGUGAAUUCGUUGGGUAUUUUGGUUGUUGUUUUGGCUGGUUUUGUGAUUCUUGGGGUUGUCUCGCCUGUGUAUGGGAAAGGCCAUGUUGAGGAACAACAGAAUAGGUACAGCAAAGAAAAUUUGGAAAUUUGAUUGACCAUUGCAAAUUAGCUUGUGGAUCUUCCCUGUAAAGAGAGGGGAAGAGAGGCAGAACGAGGAUUUGUUGUUUGGUAGCAUAAGACCACAUAUACAGAAUAAAAUCAAAAUGGCCGAUGGUCAUCUUUUUGUUCAGAAUUGAUUGAACUUAAAUCGUGGCAUGUAAAGUGUGCUUAAAUCUGUGAACACCUGCAAUUGAGCCAUUAGAUUC